AUGUCCUUUGACAUCAACUGGGACAAAUUGGUCUCAGAUGACUCCAUCAGCAACUCAAUCAAAGAUUUUCUAAACGACCAGUUCAAUGAAAUCAGUCUACCGUCAUUUGUCGACACUCUUUCCGUCACUGGGUUCUCCUUAGGUAGCAUUCCUCCCAACAUCACCAUUAGACACAUUGGCAAUCCCUUUGAUGAAUUUUACAAACGGAAUGUGCCAGAGGAAGAAGCAAAGAAAGGUCAGCUUCCAGUGUCACCAGAGCUAAGUGGCUCGGACUCUGACAGUUCUGAAGAGGAACCGGCGAUAAAUAAUCUUGACAGUACAAACCAACAAGACUUCACCCCGCUCUUACCUGAAGUAGACCUGCUCCGUCGGCAAAACCAAGAAUCAAAGCAUUUCAACAACUUUAAUAUGAACAAUGUUGGGUUGGGACACAUGGACCUAGAUACCCCCACAAAUUUCUUCAAUCCCCACGCUUACAGGCUUCACUCAAACUCCGUGGGUCGCAACGAGCUGGUCAAAAAGAACGACAAUGAUAUUCAAUUUAUCCUUGAAAUCGAUUAUAAAGGCGACGUGGCGCUUGAGAUUGUCGUCAACUUGUUGGUAAAUUACCCUUCAGCGCAUUUCAUUACUUUGCCUAUUAAACUCAAAAUCACAGACUUGGUGAUCCAUUCAUUGGCCGCCGUGGCAUAUCUCGAGAAUAGCGUUUUCAUAUCUUUUCUUUGUGAUCUUAAUGAUGCUGACUCUGACUAUUUUACAUCAGCUCUGAUGCAUAGAAGACUGGAUGCCCAUUCUCGCGGAUCUCACAUUCCUCCAAGUAGCGGAGGUAACAUCACGGAUUAUGUGCCUUCAAACAAUAAAGAAAGAAUCGACGUCAUAAGAAGUGUCAAGAUCGAUACUGAAAUCGGAGAAAUGGAGAAUAAUGUGCUACGUAAUGUUGGAAAAGUGGAAAAGUUUCUUGUUGAGCAGCUCCGGAACAUCAUCAGAGAUGAAACUGCGUGGCCCAGCUGGAUUUGCCUUGAUUUCAACGAUGAUGAUGAUGAUGAUGAUGAUGAUGAUGAUCAACCCUCAACUGCUUCUACACAACAUUCAUCACAUACCAGCUGA